CUACCAGUGAGUGCACCAUGGUGAUCGCGGUAGUAGUGGCCGUAGUACCUUUAUAUGAGACGGUGACAAGUUGCGCAAGGAGCGAUCGUGAUAGGGAAUCCGUGUGCGUACGCGUAAAGUGAUAAAACCGCGCCCACGAUUUCGACAAAGCCAUCCAGAUGCAGGCGAGUACCGAUUUUUUUCGCCGAUGAUCGACGAUGGCAUCGCGUCGUCGCGGCCAAGAAGAUUUAACAGAUCCGCAUACCUGACGCGAUCGAUCGAUCGGCGUCGUUGGCGGUGAUCUACGGGGAAUAAACGGACGCUGGAUCAACGCGUAUAAUUGAGCGAUUCGAUUUCGAAUCAAUUUUGACGGCUAAAAGUCGCAUAAGUGAAGAAGACACGACAGUAACGGCCGAUUCGCGAUUUAUGUGAAAAACAAGAUUUCGUCAAGCGGAGCGCGAAUAACGGCGGCGCUACGCGUGUAGUUCAUUGUUCCUCAUGCGUGAAAAAGCAAGAAGCUACCGCUCGAAUUCGAAUCCGCGUCUGAGAGUGACGGAGGAUAGCGUCCGGGAGAACCUGCCGGACAUUAUGUAUGCAUACAACAGUUAUUUUAUUCAUCACGAAGAUACGAGUGAGCAUCAAGCUUCCUUCAUAUAAAUAAAUAAUUCUACCCGAAGCUUUCGUGUCUAAGAUCAUACUCAGUGAAAAUAUAAUAUAUUAUACGACAGGAGAUGUAGAGAUGUAUAACGUACACGGAUUGGCGAAUGACACAUCAAGGAUCAGCCGGCGAUAAGUGAAUGAUUCUCGUGAAAUGAAGGCUUUAUCGACAUGAGUGCACGCCACAGAUUGUUAUGUCGUGUAUAUGUGUUUAUAUAAUUACUUAAUUGGAACACUUAAUUGGAAUAUGUGUUCAUUCUAUGUGUGAUACAUCGAGAAAUCGUGCAAUGGACUUUUAUUUAGAAAUAUUAUAAACACGCCAAUUUCGUCCGAACAUCAAACUUCGAGUGCCGGUUUUCCAUUCACUAAAAGCGAACAAAGGAGUGAGGAGUUGAUUUCAUCUCUCUCGUAAAUUCCAUUUAAUGACAUAUACACCGAUGAUUCGAAUCAUUUUACGAUAAAAAUAUGCGCCGAAAAAUGCAUUGGUUAUGCAUUUUGCUGCCGAUUCUGGCUGUUUCAACCACCGGAAGCCGGUUAGAUGACAGAUAUGAACAAACAUUGAUCUAUUACACGGAAGCAACUGCGCUGGUGAACACUAGCACAAUAAGCAACAACGGCGGUUUACACGAGCUGCACGGUGGCCGCGUUGUUCGUGGUGAGAGGAUACUAUCGAUAUCGAAAAGCCCUUAUUUGUUGCGCGAGGAUCUAUUCAUCGAGAGAGAUGGCAAACUCAUCAUAGAACCUGGUGUGAAAAUUCGCUUCGGUCCCAUGGUCGGCAUCACCAUCCGCGGUAUCAUAAUUGCUAAGGGUGAAACACACGCACCGAUCCUCCUGACCGCAGCGGAAGUGGAAACUCAAGUUUCAACCCUUCAAACACCACCUUUGAUACGCCUUGUAGACGGACCGAAUCCGUUAGCGGGUAGACUGCAGCUUUUUCAUCGAGGCAGCUGGCGUUCCAUUUGCACGAAUUCGCGAAAUUGGACUCGUGCAGAUUUGGAAACAGCUUGCCGGCAGCUCGGCUAUCAAGGUGGACAGUGGUGGUCAUGGAUCGACAGACAAUGGCCCUCCAAGCCGCGUCUUCUUUACGAGGAACCAGGAUGUCGUGGUACCGAAUCUUCGUUGACGAACUGCGAACGUUGGUCAGAAAGACAAUUGGGCGCUGGUGUUUGUGAUUAUCACCCAGAUCUGGGUAUCUCUUGCCUACCUCGUCACGAUGGUACAACUAAGGCAAUUAAGCAUUGGCGAGGAAUACGAUUCGAGGACGCGUUGCAUGACAAAGUACUUAUCCAAGAGAAUACACUUUAUGUACGUCAGUCGAAAUCAAUUCUACGGAACACAAUAAUCGAAUAUGCUGGAACUGGAAGGGAGUAUAAUAUCACGUCGGCAAUUCAUGUGGAAGGAGUACCACCGAUAAUGGAGUCAAUUUCUCUUCUUCAUUCAGCCUUUACGGGUAUUAAUGUUACCUCGCCAGAUGCGCCUGUUAUAAUAAACAAUUGUAUCGUGCAAUAUAAUAAAGGUUACGGAAUUUAUGUAAAUAGCUCGUCCGGCAUGACGAAUAUCAAUGACUGUACGAUACUUGAUAAUGGAGCGGAUGGAAUAAAAUACGUACAUUCGGACGAACGACCGAAUGACAAGUUAGAUCGUACCGACGUAUUUGAUCUGUGCACUUUCCCUAUGACGGCUAGUCAAACCUUUCCUGUCACUAUAUCCAUGGAACAGAAUAAAUAUGCACCCAAUGUAAAACGAUGUCCACAACACAUCUUCACAAUGCCGGGCCAUCUUUUGACAAUGCAUUUUUUGCAAAUGGAGACCGAUAGGAAUGACAGCGCCAUAGUGGAAGUGUACGAUGGUAUAAAUGGGGUAGAAAAACUUUUGGCUAGAGUUAAAGUCAGAAAUGGAACGUUACCACAAAGUGUGACUUCAACGCGUCAGAAUCUCUUCAUAAAUUUUAUAGCUGAACCUCGAACUAAUACUAUCGUAUUUGUGCGAUUGUCGUCGGGUUAUAAGAAAACGUAUGAUCUCAAUGUGACUGGCAGUACGAUAGCCGGUAAUAAUGGUCGCGGCAUUGUCGUGGAGAAGCUUAGGUCCGCCUUAAACAUUCAUGAGACUUCGAUAUCGAAUAAUGAACAUGUAGCUGGUGUACAUGUAUUAGGUGGUGCAAUGGAUGUCAACAUCACUGAUAGCCGUAUUUCGUUCAAUCAAGGGGACGGCGUUAAUAUCACCGUUACGGGCGGUAAUCGUAACGUAUCACAUAGCAGUAUAUCGUCUAAUCGUGGUUUCGGUUUCGCAAUGUGGUUAAACGAUAGCUCCGCUACCGAAUAUGUACAUUUCAAUCAGUCGACCGUAAUCGAAUACUCACAGAUAUUUCGUAAUAAAGAUAUUGGUGUUUUGAUCGGCAAUUCCACCGGCAACUCGUAUAUAAAUGUAACAGGCAAUUGGUUUAACACCAGCCUCGAAACAGCGCUGCAAGUGGAAUCCAGUUGGAGAAAAAACAAUGGUUUAAUGAAGUUGCAGAUCGGAUAUAACUCGUUCAUAAAAAAUGCAAAAUUAGGCAUUAAGUUAAGUCCAGCGCUCAAUCUCGAUGCCACAAUAGAAUACAAUCACUUCAAAGAUCAAGCGAGCGGCGGAAUUAUGAUAAAAAAUCCGCUUUAUGAAGAAUUUAAUGUUUUGCCCGCGAAAAUCGUGAUUCGACAUAAUGAGUUUUACAAUAAUCAGGGCACCUUUAUUGUUAGCAUCGGUUUAUCGCCUUACAGCGAUAUGCAAAAUAUAUUAUUUACGAGGAACUUCUUGCGUGAUAAUCAUGUCAGAGAAUUAUUUGACGAUGGUAAUACAUCGAAUGUCAAAUUGAUACCGCGUUCGAGAGUAGCUGCUGUUAUUGUUAUAUCUUCGAGCAAUGUCGACGUUUUCCGUAACAUUUUGCACAAUCCCGAGUCACGUUAUGAGAUCGGCUCCCACUUGGAAGAUCAGAGCAAAAUUAUCAAUUGUACUUACAAUUGGUUGGGAUCUGGAGAGGAAAAAAAAAUAUUUGAUCGAUUAUUUCACAGGAAAGACAGAUACAAUCUUGCUAAGAUUGAGUAUUUGCCUUAUUUGCUGCACAGCAGUAAUCCUAGCGCAAAUACUAUAAUCCCAAAUCCGACCUUUGUAUCACAAUUUGUCACACCUGGCACGAAUCUAAUCGGUGGUGAAGUUGACGGCCAUGAACAAUUAAGAGCCGGAGAAUAUAUUGUUGAGCGUGAUAUCAAUGUAAGACCAGGUGGCAAAUUGAUAUUGCAACCGGGUGUUACGCUACGUUUUCCACCGUCCAUCGGAAUAAUGGUAGCCGGCAAAUUUGAUGCGCACGGUAAAAAACCAAGUGACAUCUUAUUUACUUUGAAGGAAGAACUCGCUAUAUUACCAAACAACGAAACUCUCAUGGAAGAAGAUACGAGUCAAAUUGAUGAGCCUGUAUCAGUAAGGCUUCUCGGUGGCAAAACGAAUCUCGAGGGAAGAUUACAGGUAAAAAUUGGAAAUAAAUGGGGAACUGUUUGCAAUUAUGGAUGGACGAUUCUGGAUGCGGCCCUUGUUUGCCAUCAAUUAGGCUUUAUUUUAGACUAUGAGAAUUGGGUUGUGGAGCGAUCGCAAAUACCGAACGCGGGGAUCAACGAGGAUAUACUUCUCAGCAAUGUUCAAUGUACUGAGAAUGAUAACGAUAUAACAAAAUGUCGGGCGGAGAAAGAGCAAGAUUUCGAAAACUCGUGUACUCAUUCGAACGAUGUCGGUGUUAGGUGUUUAGAAGUGGCAUGGGCAGGUCUGAGAUUAGGACCUUUGGCUCAAAGAUGUGAUUUGCAAUAUGUGACAAUUGAAAAGGCAGGCUUGCUCGAUUAUAAAACAAAUUCAUUUAAGCCAGCUUUACAAAUUGAUUUUGCUCGACAUUCCUUGGAUGGUGUCAAGCUUGUUAACAAUUUGCAAGAUGGAUUGGGAGUUCUGUAUUCCGACAUAUAUUCAGCGGACGCCAUAAAUAUUGUAAAAAACAGCGAAUUCUCUCGAAAUGGCGGAAGCGGUAUCAGUUUUAAGCAAUUGGGUAUGCGAAUAAUCAACUCGCGAAUCGAGAGCAACAAAGUUGCGGGAAUAAGGCAUAAUCCCGCUCUCUCAGCAGUUCAGCAGAGAGAAUUUGCGGGAUGGUUCCUACGCGUUCCGGAUACUACGAUCGAUUCGCCAUAUAAUCCCGUAAUCUUACCAGAAAUGAAUGAGAAUAUCGAACUCGCUGACGGAGAAACCAAAUAUGUUAUAACGACUAAAAUAAUUGUUCGCGAAUCUGUUCGUCGUACUAUAAAUAUUAAAUGUACUCCCGGCUACGUCAUCGGUAUCCAAUUGCUAAAUCCAAUAGAAAAUCGAAGCACCGAACAAAUCAUAUUGUAUGAUUCACAGCAUCUUAAUAAUAAUCAAAUAAAUUGGCAUGUAAAGAGGGAUUUAAGCAUUUUUCCCGUCUCAUCUAGCUCCUAUGUAGUAAUUUUAGAAUACUUGAGCGGUGAGAAUGCUCUCGGUGGAGCUGUCAUGGCUAUCACAUCGCUUUUAUCUCCAGCGCAGAAUAUACGCAAUAAAAUAGUCAGCGGUCCUAUUCCUUCAUUGAUCAUCGCAAAGACAAAAAUUAAGAAUAAUCAAAAGGGCUUACUUGCAUUUUACUAUAAUAGAUAUUUAAAUGAAAUAGGAGAUCACUUUCUUCGAAAAGCGAACGAGACUAUUCAAUUGAUCGGAUGUGAGAUAUCACAUAAUCAAGAAGAGGCCGUAUAUGUGUAUUCACCUUAUUGGAAUAUCUUUCAGUCUAAUCUGUCUGAAAUUUCGAUCCACAUAAAUGAUAGUUUGAUCACAGACAAUGGUAAAGCGAUACAUCAGUUCAGCCGUGACGCAAGGCACUCCAACAAUCUCUUCCAUUGGAUAAUGCAGGACAGCACCAUUGAAAGAAAUCGCGGUGGUGGAUUUGAAGUGUUGUUGCCAGAUGUUUGGCAAUAUAACGAGAAUUUUACACAUUCCUUGUACUUCGGUAAUAAUACCUGGCGCAACAACGAACAAUUUGCCUUUGUGAUAGACGGUCAUUUCGCGCAUCUGAACAUAUCCUACAAUCAUUUCGAUGGCAAUCGCUGUAAAAUUGGCCUGAUAUCUGUGCGUGGAAUGGAAAAGAAAAUUAGAAUCAACAAUAAUUAUAUCGAUGGUAACAGCGGCGCUUACAUGGUUGAAUUUCAUGCGGACAGUCAAUCUGAGAUCCUUGGUGAUGUUGAUGCACGUUUCUAUUACAAUGAAAUUAAACGGAACACAUACGAUCUCAUCGGCAUGGGACCGCGCCAAACAUUUGAUGAUCCCAGUUAUGUCGUCGGCUUUCACGGUAUACAGAAAGUACUAGUUAAUAGAAAUCUAUUCGGUGAUAAUUCGCUGGAUUACGAAUUAUUAGCGGGUAUUAGAACAGCGAAAAUUAACAAUGAAGUAAAUGUUAUGGAGAAUUGGUGGGGCACUGAUAACGAUACUAUUAUCAGACGGAGAAUUUUCGAUUUUGAUGAUUGGAAUGAUCAUGCCGUGGCCAAUUACCGGCCGUAUUUGAUGCGCGACUCAUUCGACUCGUUUAUUUCUGCAUCAUGGCAUAUAAGUCAAGAGAUUGACUUGGACAAUUUGGGCGGUCGUAUAGUAGAGAGUCUCUCAUUGCAUGCGAGAUCCGAACCUUACGUAAUACGUUCCGAUAUCACAGUUAUGCCGGAAGCUACAUUGCAUAUCUAUCCCGAUGUUGUGAUGGAGUUUGCUCCUAAUGUCGGAAUCCUUGUACUCGGAACGCUGAAAGCUAUCGGUGUACCCGGCCAUGAAAUCGUUAUGAAACCGAUGAAACGAAUAAACGCAAGCAUAAAUUCCACGUUUGUCAAGUUAGCACCGAUGAAGAGUUCUGCUAAUCUUGUUUCAAUAUCUGACGAAACGAUCCGUUUAUGCAAAGAUGGACGCUGUUCCGCACUGUACAAUGAAGGAUUCUUGGAGUACUUUAAUAGAACAACUCUUCAGUGGAUUCCCAUUUGUGAUGAGCGAUUUACCGAGCGAAAUGCUCAAGUGGCAUGUCGGCAACUCGGUUAUGAUACCCUCAAUGUCUAUGUGUCAUACGAUCGUAGAUAUGAACUUCAUCCUGGAUCAUUGACGCGUGUCUGGUCUUGGCCUGAACCGCUGCAAUGUUCCGGGAAAGAGCAAAAUCUAGAAGACUGCCAAAUUAGAUUGAACGGUCAGUUAGUUGGUCAUCGUCACGAAUGUUCGUGGGACGGUCAGUUUAUCUUCCUGCAUUGCGGUGAACGAAACUUGGAUGAUGCGUACGAUUAUUGGGGCGGAAUACGCAUCACCAAUAGUGAAUUCGAACAUCAUCUGUACGAGCAUCGCAUUCACAACAUCGUGACUCAUGAGACCGUCAGGCGAGUCGAAUCAGUUCUCAAGUUCAUCAAUAUAACUGGUGCUGGAAUUUUACAUUUCGAGAAAUCAUACGCCGUACAAUCUAUCAUGAAGUCUCCAGCAAUAAUGCAUGUUAAUAUAGAUCGCAGUGCUUAUCAUGGCAUCAAUAUCAUAUCUCCUACACAUACGAUGGAAUUAUUAUUUAAUACGAUUACUAAUGUCCUCGGAAAUGGCGUGAAUAUACUAUCUUUGACGGGAGAGGGCCGCGAAGCGGACGAGAGCUCGUUUACGCCUAUUAAGGAUCUGAAUAUCCCUUAUAAUUUGUUCAGUAUGGUUGACAUAUGCGACACCGCUAAAGAAAUCACGAUCGAAGAGCGCGUGAUCAUCUAUUACAAAUAUGAUAAUUACCCUGUGAGUUGUGUGAAAAUCUUCCGCAGUGCUUAUAGAGCCAAACCACUCGGAUUUAGACUUUUACAAUUCAAUCUUUUCAACUCCACUGGAAAGCCGGGUCAUGCCGAUGGUAUAACUUUAUACGAUGGAGACAUUUACAAUAUUACUUCCAAGAGGAUUGGUCACUUGGAAGUUAAUGCUCCCGAUGAAAAGAAAUUCUUUAAAACGCAGACUCCUAGUCUUAGUGUAAGAUUCUUCGCUAAUGGCGCCAGCAGUGUGCACGGAUUUAUCGCGGAAAUCGUGACUCUUCCGAUAUCCGCCAUUGGUUUUAAUCGUGAUGUGCAACACAACGUUUCUUAUUCUAUGAUAUCAAAUUGUCGCGAAGGCGCUAUGAAAUAUGCAAGUGCCGGCGAGGUGAAUGCUAUAAUGACGCUUGAGCGUAAUCAAUUUACGAAUAAUUGUGAAAAGUUAUAUGGUAACUUUUCCACAUGUAAAUCCGCCUUAUGGCUCGAUGUUCAAAACACGCAAUCACUUUAUUUCAGAAACAAUCUAGUGCAGCGGAAUCAAGGCGGUCUUUCUAUUCGUGCCGAUUCGAGAGGUUCGGCCACUUCUCUCAAGGGAUGGAUUCACAAUAAUCUUUUCACAGAGAAUUUCAACAAACCAGCAUUAUAUAUCGAAGGUCGUCAAAGUAGUCCUUACCAAGAAGUGACUAUAUUCAGGAAUUACUUUACCAAAAAUCAUGCUCUCUACGACAAUAAUAUUGUUUUAAAACAAGUAGUUAGCAAUAUGACACUUAAUUAUUUACACGGAAACCUCGGUAAGCAUUUAUUGGAGAUUUCGGGAUUCGAAAGGGUUCGUUUACCUAUUUAUCAAAGCACGUCUCACAAUGGCUUUUACAAAAACUAUGCAGUGAAUCGUGAAGGCCGUAGCACUAUCGUUGCCGGUACCCCCGGACAACAAUACGUCGAUAAUGUGUUCUUUAAUCCUGACAACGAUUACGAGAUGCUUACGACAAAUAGAUCUCAGCAAUUAGAAAUGUGGAGAUCUCACAUAGACGCGCGUUACAAUUGGUGGGGUUACAACGAAACUUUGGCGGUAGCGGGACGUAUUAGAGAUCGUGGAGACUCGCCCGAGCUACUGCAAGUCGAUUAUCAACCCUUUCACAUGAACAAUAAAUCUGUGUUAAGCGGUAAAUGUCCGCCUGGCUGGGAUCUCGUCGGUGACACGUGUUAUAUAUUAAUCGGCGGGCUUAUGGACUUUUAUAGUGCACGAGAUUUUUGCAGAUCGGCAAACGCAUCAAUGCCCUUCAUUAUGGGAGAUUAUCUAGAACUCUGGAAAUUCGCGCGUAAACAACAAGAACGAUUUGAUUAUUCGGAACGUGUUUGGGUGCAGCAAUUAGAACGUGUGGAUCAAUGCACAGUGUUCACAUAUCAGACCAUUGAGAUAGACCAUUGUGCGCAACCCAAUCCGUUCAUUUGCGAAAUCGAUCCUAGAGUCAACAUUGAUCCUUUAUCAUGGAGAAAGGAUAUCGUUGCGGUAGGAGUCUUGGGAGCUGUUGGCAUUGCGCUUGCAUUGUUAACCGCGGCCAUCGCGCUAUGGGUGUCCAAAUCGAAGAAGCGUAAACUUGAAAGAUUAGAGCGACGUAAUUCCAUCAGACAAUCUUUACACUCUCUACGAUCGAUCGGCUCCACAUCCGCCUUCACGGAGCUUGCUUAUCGGCGGAAACCUGUCGCGAGCAAACAGUCUACAGACACGCUGAACUCGAAAUCGUUGGAUUACAAGCGCAUGCUGAAUGGUGGUAGUUUGGAUUCAAUGGACAAGUCUCAACUAAAUUCUUCCAUAGAGGACAAUCAGAGUUACGAUGUAUACGAGGCUCAUAAUCCACGAUACUCGCCAAGUACGAGUGAUUUCAAGAAUACGGUGCACAAGUAUGGCGCAGCACAGACUGUCGACAAUCCGGUCUUCGAUUUAGCGUAUCGUAACGAGGGCUUCCGCAAUCACUCUACUUUCAUGGCUGGAAAUGCUGCAACCGCCGCUGCUUCUAACUGGCCAUUACAAUCGAACGUACAAUCGACCUUGACCGAUGAAAGUCCCACAACAGUGGAUCCCAACAACGAAAGCUCAUCAUAUCUUAACAAUACAUCUACACUGCCGUUACACUCCAGUCUCGCAUUUACUGAUUCGAUGAGUGAACUGAAACGGAACAUCGAGGCAUCAACUGCGUACGAUCCGGUAGAAUACGACUCGAAACGCGCUUAUGACAUGGCCACAUUAACGUCAAGUCAGGCAUCCGAGCCUGUUCCAGAGUACGCGUCGGAUUUUCAACCGCCAAUACCGCCACAUCCAUAUCACUACGAGACCGAGAGUAGGCCCAGAAGCGAGGCGCUAUUGGAAACUAACUUCGAUAUGGGCGAAGAAAAACCACUGCGCUCCAAAAGCGAAGUCCUGCUCGAAACCAAUCUGGAUGCAUUUUUAAUCAACGAGCCCACGGAACUCACGCAAUUAUCGACGACUGCGCGAAGCAAAAGUCAACCGUUGGAAACGGCGAUGUAGUUGCUCUAGCUAAUAUAUAUAUAUAUAUAUAUAUAUAUAUAUAUAUAUAUAUAUAUAUAUAUAUAUAUAAACCAUCAUUGUUCACAAUUUGGGUGCACAAUUAAAAUGUGUGCUAAAUGUUUCUUUGUAACAACAGACACUGCCAGUUAUCGCACAAUCAAAUAUUUUAAAUCACUUACAUAGUAUAACAUGUUUGUGCUAAUAAGCGAUGAAUUAAAAUCAUUGGAAUCAACGCACAAUAUAUAAUAAAUCCUGGUGUUGCUGCAUAAAGUGAACAAGAAUGGGCCGACAAAGCAAUGCAUACACAAUGCUGACUCAUUAUUAGAUAUAAUAACCCAGACGGCGAUAAAUAUGAGCUCAAAAUAUAUGGUCUCAUUAAAAUUUGAACUCGGCGAAAAUAUAUUCAUUAUGCACAUUGUUAAAAACUAACUUUAUUAACAUUAAGAAUAUUUUUCAUAUUUUUUAUACUAAGAUAUUAUGUAUACAUGCUUAAAAGAGACAACCGUUUUUUUUAUAAUAUCGUAAAGAUCUCAAUAUUCAAUUCGAUCGAUCUUUUAUUAAUUAACCAUUGAAAGUGACAUGUGUAUUCGUUGUAUCAUACAUUUUUACGUGUUCCAAAGAGGACGGAUCUUUUCGUUGAACAAUAUGUUGCUUUAUUCAAUUAUAUUCACAAGCAGUGUUUAGUAGCUAAUUUUUAAUGGAUUAUUAAUAAUGAUAUAGUUGAUCAAAUGACGUGGACAUUUUUAUGCCAAAUAAUGUUUAUUAAUAUCCUGUAAGGACAAUCGAUCCUUUAUGAUUUUAUAAUGAACAUUUAAUAAUCAAUCUAUAUAUUGAAAAUUUAAUAUAAAUAUAAAAUUGAUCAAGGAAAUAUAUAUCAGAUAGACGCCGUAUGUGACGGUAAAUAUUUAUCAUCAAGAGGAAGAAAAGCAGAAUAUAGAGAUUAAAUAUUAAUUUCUUAUUUAACAAAAGAGGAAUGCAAGAUAUAAAGUCUAGAAAUAAUUCAUUUUUUACGAUUAUUAAUUUUAUUAUGACGAAGCUGUGAGAAUAAAAACAAACCUCAUAUUCGUAAUUAGUAUUAUAUAAUCUCGUUGCUCUUUGUUAAACUAAUAGGCAGCAUUCCCUCUCUCUUUCUAUAUCACACACAACGCGCGCGCGCGCACACACACACGUGUGUGUGUGUAUAUAUAUAUAUAUAUACACUCGUGUAAGAAUCAUAGAGUAUAGAGAAAAGCAAACAAGUUGCCUUAUUAUUUUGAUAACUCGUACUCCAGUAACAUAAAAAGUUGGCAGUUACUAAAAGCAGUGAAUUAAAAAGAUUAUACUGCAAAUAAUAUUACACUGCCGAAUAUGUCCAAAUUUCGUAUAUUGUCCUCAAGAUUAUUGAGAGUAUAAAGAUUAAUAAUAUUUUAGAAAUGUAUAUUUUACAAAAGUCUCACUGUGAGUUGUAAAUGAGUAUGUUGUAAUUAUCAAACACUCAUACGCAAUUCGAAUAUAUAAAUUUUAUAUAUAAUAGAAAGGUAGAUAGAUAGAUAUAAUUUUAUAUUUAAUAGAUAGAAUUGUGCUUUCGAAUAUAAAAAGUUAUACUCGUCAUGUGAAAGCGUAUCUCUUCUAGAUAUCGCGUUUUACAUGCUACUUAGACUUAUUAUUCUCGUUAAGGUGAUCUCACCAAAUUUAUUCUUACUAAAAUUUUUGUUAUCCUUUAAUACAAUAUCCGUCCAUACACGUAGAUUUAGAACAAUCGAAAGCGAUAAUCGUUUUUUUAUAAGGAUGCACAGUAAUAAAUAAGAUUCUAGUUAAAUUUUUUCUAUAUAAAGAUUAUCUGGCGAGAGAAGUGAGAUUUUUGAAAAAAAAGAUAUAUGUAUAUGUAUGCAUGAUAUUGUACAUAUCUAUUAGCGAAACGCGAGAAAAUUUGCAACAUCUAAUAUAUAUUUCAUAUAUACAAAAUAUAAUUUUAAUUAUAAUUUUAACGAGCUCUUAACAGAUAACGAUUUUCUCUGCGUUCUCUUUUAGAUACGUGAAUGGAACAAUGUCACAAAAGGCUGCCUUAUAUAUGUGCUGCGGGAAUAAAUAAACCAAGCGAAUCAAAACAA